AUGGUGUUAACCAAACCAAGUGAUGCACCAACGGAAACACCUAAAAACAGAGAUCCUGGAUUUCAGCAAGGAGUUGCUGUUGAUUUAGAUGUAAACCAAAGUACUGUAUCCAGAACCCUGAUUACUGUAUCUGAAGCAAUUUGUUCCAAGAGAAAUAACUGGAUAACAUUUCCUAAUACUAACGAUUUACUUGGAGUUGCUAUCAAUGAGUGGGCAAGUACCAAGCGAAUGCCCAGUGUCAUAGGUGCUAUUGAUUGCACUCACGGUAAAAUAACAAAGCCACGAAUUCAUGGUGAUGAAUAUGUGAAUAUAAAAGGGAUAUGUUCAAUAAAAAAUGUACAAGCUACUUGUAACGCCAAAGAAAUCUUUACCAGUGUCGAUGCGACUUGGCCAGGCUCCGUCCACGUUAGUCGAAUUUGGCGAAACUCCCUGGUGCAUCGAAUUAUGUAUAAUAAUGUGCAAGGAGCAGCCUUGUUAGGUGAUGAAGGAUACGGUACUGCACCGUGGUUGUUGACACCAUUUAAAAAUCCAACCACACCUAUUCAAGAAAAUUAUAAUUUAAUCCAUGCGAAGGAACGUUGUGUCAUAGAACGCUGCUUUGGUCAGUUGAAACGGCGUUUUCCAAUGCUCCAGUAUACAUUUCGCCUAAAAAUUGAAAACAUUCCAAAACAUAUUGUGAGUGCAUUUGUACUUCAUAACAUAUCUAAACAUUUGCAAGAUCCAUACCAUGAUUUUGAUCCAGUUCAGAUGGAAGUACAAGAUGCGAUUGAACUGAUACCUGAGGGUAAUCAACCACAAAUUCGUAAUCGAGGCACACAACGUAGAAACGACGUUGCGCUGGCUAUAUUUCGUGAUGUCAACUAA